AUGCAGUUUGCAAUCUGGCUGGUUGGACUAACGUGUCAUCUCUCAGCACUCGUGCGGAACUCGCUAGCAUAUCGAUUGCAUCCCAAGCAAGAGGGUUUCAUUAAACAAUUGUCAUCUUACGAAAUUGUAACGCCACUUCGCAUAAAUGAUUUUGGAGAAUCCUUCCCUCACAACCGGCACUACAGACGGAAACGGAGAAGUGUGGAUACCGAAAUUUCGGGUUUACGGGCUCACUACAGAAUCGACGCGUUCGGAGAACGCUUUCAUCUCAAUUUAACAGCUGACUCGGGAUUUAUCGCCCCUUCGUAUACGGUGACACACUUAGGAGCGGAGAGCAGUAACCUGAAUGACUCUCAUCGAGACCUCAGUGACAUGCGGCACUGUUUUUUUAGCGGGCAUGUCAACGCAAAACGUGAAUAUCCGGCAAUCUUCAGUCUGUGCACUGGGCUGAUUGGAACAUUUACGACCCACACUGGAGAAUAUUUCUUGGAGCCUUUAAUGAAAGCAGAUGGUGAGGAGUUUGAGGAAGAGCAUAACAAACCUCAUCUGGUUUACCGCCAUGACAGACGUGGGAUGGGCCAUCAUAGCGCUCACCCUCAACCCUGUGCAGCUGCAGACAAGCACAUCACUAAUCACGUCAGUCUCCAAAGCAACAGAAGCCUCGUGGAAGAGGUGGAAUCUAUACAGGAAACGAUGGAUCAUCACCACCCAGGAAACCAUACAAGACGGAAAAGAUUUCUCUCUUAUCCCCGUUUUGUGGAGCUAAUGGUUACAGCUGACACCAAAAUGGUGCGACAUCAUGGGCGCAACUUAGAGCACUACAUCCUAACAAUCAUGUCAGUAGUGGCUGCAAUUUACAGAGACCCUAGUGUUGGAAACCUUAUCAAUAUCGUGAUUGUGAAAUUAAUUGUCAUCCACAAUGAACAGGAAGGACCAUCUGUCAACUCCUACGCUGCUACAACUCUCCACAAUUUCUGUGUCUGGCAACAGAGCCAAAAUGUCCAAGACGACAGUCAUCCCUCCCACCAUGACACAGCACUGCUGAUCACCAGGGAAGAUAUCUGCCGUGCAAAGGACAAGUGUGAUACGUUAGGCCUGGCUGAGCUCGGGACCAUGUGUGACCCAUAUCGAAGCUGCUCCAUCAGCGAGGAAAACGGUUUGAGCGCCUCCUUCACCAUUGCUCAUGAACUAGGCCAUGUCUUCAACAUGCCCCAUGAUGAUAAUCCUAAGUGUCGUGAGGCUGGCAUGAAGCACCAGUACCACGUCAUGGCACCCACCCUGAAUUAUGACACAAGCCCCUGGUCCUGGUCCAAGUGCAGCCGCAAAUACAUCACUGAGUUUCUUGAUACGGGUUAUGGAGAGUGUUUACUUGAUGAGCCGGUUAGCAGAAUCUACAACCUUCCCGUGCAGCUCCCAGGUCAACUUUACAAUGCUAAUCGACAGUGUGAACUCAUGUUUGGACCUGGCUCACAAGUGUGCCCCUAUAUGAAACAGUGCAAACGGCUUUGGUGCACAAGUGCUGAGGGUGACCAUAAAGGUUGUCGUACCCAACACAUGCCACUGGCCGAUGGCACUGAGUGUGGAAAUGGAAUGCACUGCAGACAUGGCAUGUGUGUGAAUAAGGAGAUAGACAUGCAGCCUGUUCAUGGGGAAUGGGGGCCCUGGGGACCAUACAGCGUGUGCUCACGGACCUGUGGUGGAGGAACCAGGAGCACAUCCAGAGACUGCAACAAACCCGAGCCCAGAAACGGAGGGAGGUUUUGCGUUGGUCGCAGGAUGAAGUUCCGCUCGUGCAACACAGAACCCUGCCCUCGAGGGCGGCGAGACUUCCGUGAGGAGCAGUGCGCCCAUUUCGACGGCAAACACUUUAACAUCAACGGCCUACCUCCCACCGUUCGCUGGGUCCCCAAGUACAGCGGCAUUCUAAUGAAGGACCGUUGUAAGCUGUUCUGUCGGGUCGCUGGGACGAUGGCGUACUAUCAGCUAAGAGACAGGGUCAUCGAUGGGACGCCAUGUGGACCAGACACUUACGACAUCUGUGUUCAAGGCCUGUGCAGGCAAGCAGGAUGUGACCAUGUGUUGAAUUCCAAGGCAAGGAAUGACAAGUGUGGAGUGUGUGGAGGAGACAACUCCUCGUGUAAGACGUUAGCCGGGACAUUCAACAAUGCACAGUAUGGUUAUAAUGUGGUGGUACGAAUCCCUGCUGGAGCGACCAAUAUCGACAUUAAACAGGUCAGCUACUCAGGGUCACCCGAAGAUGACAACUACCUCGCUUUAUCUGACAGUCAGUCCAACUUUCUGCUGAAUGGGAACUUUGUGGUAUCCAUGUUUAAAAGGGAAAUCACCUACAAGGGAACAGAGAUUGAAUACAGUGGCUCCAAUACCACAGAGGAGCGCAUCAACUGCACUGAACGCAUCGAAGAUGAGCUAAUACUCCAGGUCCUAUGUGUGGGGAACCUGUACAACCCCGAUGUUCGUUACUCCUUCAACAUCCCGAUUGAGGAGAACAGGGAGCAGUUUGUGUGGGAUCCUUCAGGCCCUUGGCAAGAGUGCAGCCGCAUGUGUCUAGGUGAAAGGCGACGUAAGGCAGUGUGUGUGAGGAAAAGCGACCAUCUGGUGGUGUCAGACCAGAGAUGUGAGCAUCUACCUCGUCCCAGAGGAUCUACAGAACCCUGUAACACAGAAUGUGAACUGAGGUGGCACGUGGCUGGGAAGAGUGAAUGCUCCACUAAAUGCGGGCCAGGCUACCGCUCCUUAGACGUGGUGUGUAUGCGUUACAGCCAGUCCAAAAGGCAGAGUGACAGAGUGGAGAGCAGGGUCUGUGCAGAGCUGCCCAAGCCUCAGACACGAGAACCCUGCCACGGAGACUGUCUGCUCAAGAGCUGGCAGUACAGCGCCUGGUCCCAGUGUUCGAAAAGCUGUGGUCGUGGCACCAGGACACGAGAGGCUUACUGUAUGAAUAACCUGGGGCGCAGACUGGUGGACAGAGAGUGCAGUGACUAUCAGAGAAUUGUCAUUGAGACAUGUAAUGAUGUGGCAUGUCCCAACUGGUCUACAAGCGAGUGGAGCGAGUGCAUGGUGACGUGUGGUAAAGGGGUAAGACACAGACAGGUAUACUGCGUGCUGGGAGAUGAGAAGCUGAGUGAGCAUCGCUGUGACUCCAACACUAAACCCUCUCCUCUAGGCAGCUGUGAACAACCAGAGUGUGCAUCUUGGCAGGCUGGGGUCUGGAGCGCGUGUACUGUCACCUGUGGCCAUGGUUACCAGAUGCGGGCAGUAAGGUGUGUGUCUGGAGCCUACGGGGAAGCGCUUGAUGACAGGGAGUGUAAUGCUGCAGCAAGGCCCCGAGACAGCCAGGAAUGUGAGAUGCCCUCCUGUCCUCGAACAUCAUCCAUCCUCAGCACAGUACGACCUGUGGGCUCUGGUCAGAUCAUCACACAAUGGAGAUAUGGGUCCUGGACAACAUGCUCAGUCUCCUGUGGGAAGGGGAAGCGUGCACGGUACGUGAGUUGCAGAGAUUCUCAGGGAGGGGUGGCAGAUGAGUCGUACUGUGCCCACCUACCCCGACCCCCCCAGACGGCAGAAUGCUUCAGUCCAUGUGGCCAGUGGCGUGAGGGAGAGUGGUCACCAUGCUCAGUGUCAUGUGGUGUGGGCCACUCCACCAGACAGGUCGUGUGUAUGAACUACCACCAGCAGGUGGAUGACUCAUUCUGCCACCCUGAAGAAAAGCCCAGCGCUGAACAGGAAUGUGUUGCGAUGCCCUGCCACUCAAACUACCCCCUGCAGCCCAAGAGCCACCCCUACCUCCCCCCUGACCCAGGCCACCACCCUGGCCACAGCAGCUGGAACGUACCAUCUGCAGAUUAUCAGUGGAGGACGGGCCCCUGGGGAGCAUGCUCUAGUACCUGUGAGGGCGGCUUCCAGAGGAGAGUGGUGGUAUGUCAGGAUGCAGAGGGCCGUAGCACCAACUACUGUGACGAGAGGGUCAAACCCAAUGAAUCCAAGAGCUGCAACUCAGGACCCUGCCCACUCUGGAACUAUGGAAUCUGGGGGGAGUGCACACAGACAUGUGGUGGCGGAAGGAGGACGCGGUUAGUGGUUUGCCAGCGGCCCAAUGGCCAGAGACUGAACGAGCACAGCUGCGACAUGCUGGACAAGCCACCUGACGUGGAGCAGUGUAACACGCAGCCGUGCCCGAGCAGUGCUUCCUGGCACAGACGACCAUGGAAGCCGUGCUCUGUGACCUGUGGCAAGGGGAUCAAGGACAGGGAUAUUACCUGUGUUUACCAGAACCAAACCGAAAUAGAGGAGGAGUACUGCGCCCAUCUUCCAAGGCCCAGGACGCAGAAAGUCUGCCGGACUGGGGCUUGUCCUAGCUGGAAAGCCAACAGGUGGAGAUCGUGCUCAGUAAGCUGUGGAAUGGGAGUCCAGAGCAGGGAAGUAUACUGUCGACUGAGGGGCACUGGUCGGGUCAGUGAAGAAUUAUGUGAUCCACGUGUACGGCCUGCCAGCCUGCAGCCUUGCCUGUCCCCUGACUGCCACCACCAUGUCUGGGCAGCACAUGAGUGGCAGGAGUGUAAUGCCACCUGUGGAGAGGGAGUGCAGAGUAGGAAGGUGCUGUGUGUGGACAACAGGAUGACCCCUGUACCUGACAGCCUAUGUAACCCAUUGUCACGACCAUCACAUUAUCAGCCCUGCUAUGGUUCUGUCUGCCAGUAUAUGUGGAUGACAGGAGCAUGGACACAGUGCUCUGUUAGCUGUGGUGUUGGUUACCAGCAGAGGAUGGUGUCCUGCUCUGUCAUGCCUUCUGCAGCAAACCUGCAGUUGUUCACGGCCCAGUCGUUCCACCGUUCUGUCCCAGGAGCAGAGUGCCCUCAGCCCCAGCCACUAGACACCAGGCAGUGCCAGAUCAGAGAGUGUCCCCCAACAAGCCACUGGGAAGUUGGCCCAUGGAGCAAGUGUUCUCAGACAUGUGGUGCUGGUGUAAUGGAGAGAAGUGUGCUAUGCUUCACCUCCAAACAACUCCCGUCCAAAGACUGUCCCUCAUCUGAGAGACCUGAGUCCAGAGCUGCCUGCAGCCAGACAGAGUGUCAAAUAUUCUCAACAUGCAGAGAGGUUCAGAUGAAAGAAGGUAUAAGAAAAGAUGGUGAACACUAUCUUAAAGUCAAAUCAAAGAUUAUCCAGAUUUACUGUGCAGAAAUGCAAACCAAUUUUCCGAAGGAGUACGUCACUUUGCGCAGUGGCCAAACUGAUAACUACUCUGAAGUCUAUGGAUACCGGUUGCAGAACCCCUUUGAAUGCCCUUUCAAUGGCAGUAGAAGACAGGACUGUGUCUGCAGGAAUGACUACCCAGCGGCAGGCUAUACACUCUUCCACAAAGUCCGCCUAGACCUUAGCACCUUGAGAAUAAUAACAACAGACGUGCAGUUCACUGAGACUUUACUCGGUCGGCCUGUGCCCUUUGCCACUGCAGGAGACUGCUACAGUGCAGCCAAGUGUCCACAGGGUCAGUUCAGCAUCAACCUCACUGGAACAGGACUAAAGGUAGCUGAAUCAACCAAGUGGGUUUCCCAGGGUAACUAUGUUACAGUCAAAGUUCACAGAUCAGAGGAUGGCACAAGAAUCUAUGGUCGCUGUGGAGGUUUUUGUGGAAAGUGCAGUCCACAUCCACAUGCUGGGCUGCUUGUCCAAGUCCAAUGA